UUUAAUUUGCAGGCGCAUAUGCUCCGAUUUCAAAACGAUUUGGAGCACAGUUGAAAAGUUAACGCGCUGACUAUACAAUGGACUAAUUAGAAAAAUAAAAACAGUACUUUUCAAUGUGUGAGAUAUAGGACGUUUGCUAUGAGAGUGUGAGAAGAGGGUUAAAUGCGUGUGUCUCACGGUCAAUGAAUAAAUGGCCUGCUCUGGUGAACUGUGUUCGUAACAGAUUUUUGGAACAGAAAAAUGAAUUGAGAUCAGAUGUUUCAUCAAUGAGAAAAAUAGAAGACUAUCAUCCCAGUUUCACCUAGUUCCAUCCUCUCCCACUACUGGACUUCCUUUCACUGCCAUAUUUGGUGGUGAGAAAACGUUUUAAAUGGAUGCUUCAGCUUUAUAGCCCCUGUGAUAUGUCUGGGUUAACCCCUUCUGUCGGUGCUUAUACAUGUCGUUGUUGAAUACUCGUUUCUGAUUGGCUAAAAAGGGGAUUCUCGAGUGUAAUUCAAUGGCUAUUUCUUAUGAAAGCAAAAGUGAUUAAAACACAUUUGAAAACAUUUCUAGGCACACAUUUGUAAUUGCAUAGCUCUUGUAUAAAAUGGAUCAUCAUCUCGAGGCUCUAUCUGUUCUCUGGAAAAUAAUGCAACUUUGUGGAGGAUUCCACCACCCCGCAAGUGCGUCAUGGAACACAUCUUCCACGUCGUUCAUUAUUUUUCAUAGAACGCAUAGCCCCUCCUUGAUUAUCCCUUACAUAAUUGUCUAUCCCACCAUCUAUGUACCACUAAAGAAAAAUCAGAACUGGUUCAAAAAAAAUCAAUGGCACAGUAGCCUGCUCUAAAACGCGUUAUUCAAUGGUAGGCUGAUUUGAAUGGAUUGCAAUGAUAUCUUAGCAAACUGUGUUAAAGUAAAUUAACUGCAUACCUCUUCCCUCCCUCUUCUUCCAAACUGUAUGUCUAUUUAGUACCGGUAGGCAAUAGUGAGUGUAUCAUAGCAUACGGAACGUGCAGUGCGCAGGAGCCGCGAAGGGGAAAAUCGAGGAGAAAGAACGAAGCAGCCGCUGUCGGAUUCUUAUUGCAUGCGUCCACAAAAACACCAGUAAAAUUCCACCCGAAGAGGAAAGGGGGGACAGGAAAGACAGCGUGCAGGCAUCAUCGUUAAGGGGAACCACAUAAGUAUGACCGGACAGUAACUUGUUCCACGAAUCCAUUAUUUCCCAUCAUAUUCCACAAUGAACUGAAUGCAGAUCCUAUAUGCGCACGCAGGAGCACAAAGCGGAGGUUUGGGAACCAAAUUGUGUCCAACACCAACACUGACAUCGGAUGUGCAGCAUGUAUGGAGCGGUUUCAUCUUGACCACGGCUUAUAAUCACAGUAACCAACGGCUAAUUGAUUACCUACAACAUCUUAAUUGCUUGAUGGGGCGUGGAAACAAUUGAAACUUUUAACCCAAGGUGUGGACUUCACAGAUGAGGACAGUGUUGACCCAACCUGCAUUGAUUGCUCUAGCCUGGGAGGGCGAUGAUCAGCAGCGACGCACCAAAUAAUAAACUGUUCAAAACCUGAACUGCGACGGACGUGUUUGGUUAGAAGAUGAUCCUGUGCGUAAUUGUUUUUUAGCAGACUGCUUUUCGGAUGAAGAUCUGUUUGUAGUGAUUGAAGUGACAUUAUCCCUCUCUAUUUUCAUGGAUUUGAAGUGCAGUAGUAGUAACAGUAUGUGGAGAGAGGGGACAGUGCAUGAUUAGUUCGUUACAGAACGCACUUUCCACGCCGUAUUUCCAAUUCCGGGAUAUUGCCCACAACAUAAGGCCAAUUACUGCAACUACAACGAAGUCCUGUACAGAAAUAGACUUUAUAUUGAACCCUUCAGAUUAUUUCUCUCGCGGCUGUCAUCGUAGUAUGUCUGCACUUCGAAAGAAAUUUGGGGACGAUUAUCAGGUAGUGACCACCUCAUCCAGCGGGUCUGGAUUCAACCAGCCGGCACCAGAGAAGAAGAAGAAGAGGCAACGCUUUGUGGACAAGAACGGGCGAUGUAACGUCCAGCAUGGAAACCUGGGUGGUGAAACCAGUAGAUACCUUUCCGAUUUAUUCACUACGCUGGUCGAUUUGAAAUGGCGCUGGAAUUUAUUUAUCUUCAUCCUAACAUACACGGUGGCAUGGCUCUUCAUGGCAUUCAUGUGGUGGAUCAUAGCCUACAUCAGAGGAGACCUCCAUCGAACCCACGAUGACAAGUAUACGCCAUGCGUUGCCAAUGUCUACAACUUUCCCUCCGCGUUUUUAUUCUUCAUAGAAACGGAAGCCACAAUAGGAUAUGGCUAUAGGUAUAUCACGGACAAAUGUCCCGAGGGGAUCAUUCUCUUUCUUUUCCAGUCAAUCCUGGGAUCAAUCGUUGAUGCAUUUUUGAUUGGCUGCAUGUUCAUUAAGAUGUCCCAGCCCAAAAAAAGGGCAGAGACCUUGAUGUUUAGUGAACAUGCAGCUAUUUCGAUGCGAGAUGGAAAACUAACUCUCAUGUUCAGAGUCGGCAACCUGCGUAAUAGCCAUAUGGUGUCCGCACAGAUCCGCUGCAAAUUGCUGAAAUCUCGUCAGACGCCCGAAGGUGAGUUUCUUCCACUGGAUCAGUUGGAAUUGGACGUGGGCUUCAGUACCGGGGCGGAUCAGCUCUUCCUCGUCUCACCACUCACGAUCUGCCACGUGAUUGACACUAAAAGUCCAUUCUACGAACUCUCCCAGAGAUCCAUGCAAACAGAGCAGUUUGAAAUUGUGGUCAUAUUGGAAGGAAUAGUGGAAACCACUGGGAUGACUUGCCAAGCGAGGACUUCUUACACUGAGGACGAGGUUCUAUGGGGACAUCGUUUCUUCCCAGUCAUCUCUCUGGAGGAGGGGUUCUUCAAGGUGGACUACUCCCAGUUCCACGCCACGUUUGAGGUCAACACCCCCCCGUACAGCGUGAAGGAGCAGGAGGAAAACCUGCUCAUAUCCUCUCCUCUCAUGGCCCCGUCCCUGUGCAACAGUGGCGAGGGGGGGAAGAACAGCUCCAUGGACUGCCUGGAGACCCUGGAGGACAAGGAGAGCACCACCACCAAGCUGCCAUCCAAGCUGCAGAAGAUGCAAGGGGGCGGCUGCGGCCGGGACGGACUGCCCAUGCCUAGGAAGCUGCUGAGGAUGAGCUCCACCACAUCGGAGAUGAUCUACCCCGGGAGCAUGGGGGAGCUGCCCAUGAAGCUGCAGCGCAUCAGCUCCGUCCCCGGCGUCUCCGAUGAGAAGCAGGUGAACAAGAUGGCCUCCAAGAUCAGCUCCGAUCACAUCAGCCAAUCCGUGGCAGACUUGCCCCCCAAGCUGCUAAGGAUGCAGGGAGGAGGGGGAGUAGGGGGACGAAUGGACGGACACCUUCCCCCGAAACUCAGAAAGAUGAAUUCCGACCGCUUCACGUAGAAUGGGCGACCAAUUUUAACUUAUUACACCCCAACCCUUUAUUAUUUCUAAUUUAUUAAAGGACAUGAUUCUUAUAUUCAAGAAAAUGUAGUAUAUAAAUACGCACAGAUAAAGUAUACCUAGAUAGAAUACCGCAGAUUUGUUCCUGGAUAUAAGUAUACAUGCUAUGAUGAAAGACAAUGUAUGAUAAGCACAAUCUGGCACGUACGAUACACUAAGUGCAUGUAAAACCUAGUUUCUUUCAUUUCUGGCAUGACAUUUCUAUAUAUAUAAUUUUACAGAGAUGAUUUGAGCAGGGAUGUUACUUCCAAUGGAUCUGAACAGUUGCACAAAGCCAUAUGGUUUACAAAAUGGAAAACCUACACAACAUGGGACUCAUUUGCGGUGAAGAAGGGUACAUACAUUCGAUUUGAGUUGGCUGCUUUUGUUGUUUAAUGUAAAAUUGUGUGGCAAUGUUCCGUUAAAUGCAUGCUGCUUUUAUUGACUUAGCUAUACAAAGGUAAUAGACACAGAUGUUUAGCCUUAACUAUAUUACCUUGUUUCCAUUUCCACGAUUGUUCACAGCUGUAUUUUUUGGUAUUUUCAUGUAUAGGAUGAUAUUUUACCAUGUGCAAUUUUAAGAACUUCUUAGUUCAGCAAGCAUACUGUAUGUUGCUGGAUGAUGCAAUCUAUAUUUGAAAAUGCAUGAUCCAUAUCAUAUGUUAUAUUGGAACUGGGCACAAUCUUAUUAAGCAACCUGAACUCACUUUUCAAGGUAACACUUAUGUUGAAACGACCAGUACUAUCAAUGAAAUUCAAUCAAAUGUAUUUAUAAAGCCCUUCUUACAUCAGCUGAUGUCACAAAGUGCUGUACAGAAACUACAGCCCUAUAAGCACAACACUGUACACUGUUUAUGGCAGUAAGCAUUUAUGGCUUUUUGACAUAAAUGUCCUGAACAGUACUGUAAAAUGACUCUUUUACAUGGAAGGAAAACAACUAAAUCCAUGGUCACGCAUGCCUUAUUGAACAGUACUGUAGUUUGGAAUUUCAAAUUCUUAUUCAUUCUACAUUUAAUUCAACGAACAUGUGCACCAAAAUUUCGACUUAAGUGUUACUGCAGAAAUAUAGAUUUAGAGGUGGACCUAUAGCAUAUUUAGGAAAAAGUCACCACCUUUGUCUUAAGAGUCCAUAUGCUCCCUGUUUAACUAAAGCAAUAAUGUUAUAAUGACUAUAAUCUUUAUAUAGCCACAGGGUCUGCAGCAGCCCAAUAACCAUUAUAUUUACCGAAUCCAUGGAAUCUGGUUCAACUAAAAGCACCAAUGAUAUUGUAUGAUCCUUAUACUCUUCAGGAAUAAAGAUCUAAGAUCAGUUCUUGACACGUUGAUUUAAUGGGAUAGCUAGCUUUUUGUGGACACUAUCAAAGAAAUGAAAAAGCUUGUAUCGAAGACAAAAACAUGACAAAAGCCCUACUUGUUAUGGAUAUGACAUAUGGUGCUUUUGGAAAGUAUCCAGAACCCUUCACUUUUUCCUACUUUUGUUACGUUACAGCCUUAAUCUAAAAUGGAUUAAAUACAUUUGUUCCCCUCGUCUACACACAAUACCCCAUAAUGACGAAGUGAAAACAGAUGCAAAAAUGUUGGGGUAAAUUUAUAAAAAAAAAAAAAAACAGAAAUACCUUAUUUACAUAAGUGUUUAGACCCUUUGCUAUGAGACUAGAAAUUGAGCUCAGGUGGAUCCUGUUUCCAUCGAUCAUCCUUGAGAUGUUUCUACAACUCGAUUGAUUGGACAUGAUUUGGAAAGGCACACGUCUAUAUAAGGUCCCACAGUUGACAGUGCAUGUCUGAGCAAAAACCAAGCCAUGAGGUUGAAGGAAUCUGUGCCUCGACACAGGAAUGUCUGCAGAAUUGAAGGUCCCCAAGAACACAGUGGCCUCCAUCAUUCUUAAAUGGAAGUUUAAGAAUGGAAGUUUGUAACCUAUAAGACUCUUCCUAGAGCUGGCCGCCCGGCCAAACUGAGCAAUCGGGGAUCAAGGGACCUGGUCAGGGAGGUGACCGAGAAACCAAUGGUCACUCUGACAGAGCUCCAGACUUCCUUUACGGAGAUGGGAGAACCUUCCAGAAGAACAACCAUCUCUGCAGCACUCUACCAAUCAGGCCUUUAUGGUAGAGUGGCCAGACAGAAGCCACUCCUCAGUAAAAGGCACAUGACAGCUCGCUUGGAGAAUUCCAAAAGGCACUUAAAGGACUCUUAAGACCACGAGAAACAAGAUUCUCAGGUCUGAUGAAACCAAUAUUGAACUCCAAUUGAAUCAAUAUUGGAAUAAGGCUGUAAUGUAACAACAACAAAGUCAAGGGGUCUGAAUACUUUCCGGAUGCACUGUAAUAAAAUCUAAAGGUAUGUUUUGAAUGUAUGAAUAAGCACGACUGGCUUUAUUUUAUAAAGUGACCUAAAAUGGUUUAUUAUAUACAGUAAGUCAAUGCAGUAUCAUAUCAAGCUUGCCAUUGGAUUAAGUCUGUUCUCUAUCCAGAGAUAAGCUUUAGUUCAGAAUCUUAAAUAAGCCUAUGUGACAUGGAUCAUAUUAUCAGAGCUCCUGGUGCCAUUAUCCUCAGUGCUCCUGAAGUGUAGACUAAAUCCUCACAAUGCACCUUAAAUCAGCACUUACCUCAGCUGAGCCAAUUUCCCUUUGGCAUCAAGGAAAUCUUUGCACCAGGUGCUAUUUGCCUUGAGCAUCUGCCCUCAGAACGCCAGUGUCGCUGAGAUCUCUAUCCAUUAAAGGUUUCAUAACUGCACCCAGAAAAACUGCACCCACACCGUAGUCCUUGACUUACUGUAUGUGAACUUUAAAGACGUACAUCUUUGUCACAUGUUCUCUUUUCCUACUGUAGGAGAGGCAGGUAAUAGCAGAAACUCUGACUUGUAAUUCUGCUCAGAUGUGUUGGUGGAAUUAGAACAAGCAGAGCAAUAUGAAUUGAAUGGCUCUGCUGAUGUGUCUCUCCUUGUUUCAUUGACAUUGCCUGUAUCUGUUGGUACUAACUGUAAAGAGGGUAAUACAAUAAAAUGCAAAAUGCUUGUUGACAUCUGAAGAGUUAAACAUG